GUACCAGUUGUUAUAUAGAACUCUAUUUCCGGGGCUCUAGCAAUGAAGCUGUGGUCGCCAGUUCUACACCUAUCAAGACACAUUCCAUCUAGAAGAGACUAUCAGAGCAAACACUGUGUUUUCGACGUAAUAAUCUUGUUGCUUACUUUGAUAACAGCCGUUUCGUCUGAUAUCCCAGUGUUUCAAACCGUUCUUGGUCAACGUGCUGAACUUUUUUGCAACGUCAGUGUUCCUUCUGUAGACGACUCUGUGUCGUUGGUGUUGUGGUACAAGUCGGGGAUCAGCGCUCCAAUCUUUAGCGUGGAUUCCAGAAACGGCCCAAUAGAGAGUUCUGAACACUUCACAAGUGAGUUCCUGGGGAAAAGAGGACACUUUUAUCCUGGCACUCGUACCCAACCUUCAGUUCUGACUAUCAACCCCGUAGAGAAAGUCGACGAUGGAGAGUAUCGCUGUAGGACUGACUUCAGAUAUGGUCGAACCUUCAACAGAGUUGUAUCUUUAAACGUUAUUGUUCCACCAGAGGAUGUCACUAUUGUCGACGAGUUCAACCGACCUGUACAAAGAUACACUAGUCCACAUAACGAAGGAUCUAAACUCAUUCUUGGUUGUAUAGCCAAAGGAGGAAAGCCUCCUCCGUCCGUCACAUGGUGGAGAAAUUCAGUACUAAUAGACAAUAGUUUCCGAAAGACUCAUGACCUACAGGUUCGAAACGACUAUGUUUUUCAGCAACUGAGACGAGAAGAUCUAAUGACUAGACUCACUUGCCAAGCUUCCAACAAUAAUAUUACCUCACCACGGAUUGCACAUGUCAUUAUCGAUAUUAACUUGAAGCCGACGGAAGUGUUUAUUACCUCCAAGCAUCACCAUGUUUCUGCUAAUCGGCGGUUCGGGAUUGAAUGCCAGACUACGGGGUCACGGCCUGCUGCUCACAUAACUUGGUGGUUGGGAAACCUGAAGAUAGAAACUGCUAUGGAGGCUAUCACUGAUGGUGGAAAUCGAACAGUGAGCAACCUGAUCUACUCGCCAUCUACUGAGGAUAACGGGAAAUACUUGUCUUGUAGAGCUGAAAAUCAACAUCUACCAGAGGAGACACUAGAAGAUGGGAUUACACUGAAUGUAUUCUACGCACCAAAAGUUUCAGUGACGCUGAGACGUGGACAGGAAGCAAAACAGAUUCAAACCGGAGAUGACGUUCACCUUCAAUGUCAGUACAAGUCUAACCCGGAAGUAUUGAAGAUCAAAUGGCAGUUUCAAAGUGACACACUGAAAACGAACAUACGAACUGGAAUCUUUGUUCGUAACCAAUCUCUUAUCAUGAAAAAUGUGACAAAAGAACAGAGUGGCACCUACCGGUGUUUUGCUGAAAAUAGAGAAGGUCGAGGAUAUAGUGAAGGUUUAGAGAUUGUCGUUAAAUAUGCACCCGUAUGUAAGAAGGGUCAGAAAAUUGCUUAUGCUGUCACAGUGAAUGAACUGGUUGAAGUGUCCUGUGAAGUUGAGUCUGACCCUGAUGAUGUCAUAUUUAUAUGGACGAUUAACAACACUAUGGGCAGUCGAGAGCUUCUGACUUUUACCACCUCUGGUUUAAAGAGCUUUGCCCGUUAUAUACCACGUGAAGAGAACGAUUUUGGAUUCUUAGCCUGCCAAGCUCAGAAUCAGAUCGGUGCACAAGUAGAUCCUUGCAUUUUCACUUUGAUUCCGGUCGGUCCUCCAAGCCCCCCUUACAACUGUAGCAUUUCGAAUUCGACCAACUCCACCUUACUCGUGGAAUGCAGCCCUGGCGUUGAUGGCGGUCUACAACAAAUAUUUCACGUCGAGGUUUUUCUCUUACCUAGAAGACAACUUCAAGCCAAUCUGUCGAACUUCAAUCAUCCGUUGUUUUUGCUCUCAACUCUUCCAUCAGAGGCUCAUCUUCUUCUCUCGAUAUACUCAUCUAAUAACAACGGUCGUAGUGCUAUGGUAACCCUGACUGCACAUACUGUAGCAUCUCUAAGCACGAAGCCGCGCGGUGUUUACUCUACCCGACUAAGACCUCUUCUUGGUAUCUUACUUGGGAUUGUAGGAACGUUCGUUUUAAUGUCAACAAUCUUCGUGCUCAUCUUCAGGAGGAAAAGAGCGGGAAAGCAGCAAAAUAAAGCUAAAGAAUAUGACCAGAGAAGAAAUGAAAAGUGUGUGUCUGCAGCCCUCAGUGAAGGUGUGAUCUCCAGUGACCCGGAUCUCAUUAGCCUGAAGAACAGUUCUCCAAUCUCCACGUUCCUACAUCUGCAGAAGAGAAGUAACGAUAACGUCAGAAUUCCUUUUGAACAUGCAGAUCGGUACCUGUUACGUCCAACAUCUGGAGGUCAAUAUGAACUAAGUUUAAACCAUUUUAAUGUUAACGACUCGUAUGAAUAUCUCCACCCUCAUGCCAGUUAUCAAGAGUCAAAGGAAUGGGCGAAAUUAUCACUUGACCAUCGUCCAGAAGAUAACCUUGAACUGAAUUACGUGGUUAAUGCUAGGUGGGAACAAGCAGACAAUGAUAUUCAAACACAGUAUGAAAGACUGGGCAGUUCUAAGUCAUCUUGCAAGGUCUUACAAGGACAGAUAUAUCCAGUAAGGGACUACAGAAGAUACACUCCAGUUUAAAAAUACUCUUGAGUUUUAUUUCCUUCUUAAGCCCUACACAUCUUGUUCUGUUGAUGAGUUUAAUAUCCAACAAUCAAGCAAUGAUCAACAAUUCUACAGUAAAAAGAAAAUUGGAUCCUAGCACACGGAAUAUAUUUACAGAUCAUUUAUUGUGCUUUAAGUUUCUUUCUAAUAUACUAAAGACUGUGUUUAGAUAAAGAACAAAAGCUAGAGUCAUGAGGAAGUAAGUGUUAAGAUAUCUAUGUUUGUCAAGUCUUUUUCAUCUUACUGGCAUACAAAACUUGGGUCAUUUUUCUGUGAAACAAGAUUCAAGUGUUUAAAAAAGUACUUUGUACAAAUUCUUAAAACAUACUAGCAUAUUAAUACACAAAUGUUUAAAUAAUUAACAAAGUAUACAAAAACUGACUAAUUUUGACAGACAAGCUUCUCAUUCUCAAGUUUUCUUAUUUUGGUACUAAUAUGAAUCAUUUAAAGUGGAGCUAUCUUUGUGUCAACCAAUCAUAUCACAAGUUUCUUUCCAUUUUAUUGUGGAAUAUAAUUCAUUUAAUGAGGAAACUUCAGAUGUUAUUUCAUCUUACUGUGAAACAUAAAUUAGGUCGUCUUGUUACAAAUAAAAAUAUCCAGUUGUUCUCAUUAUUAAAAAAAAACUUAUUAUCCUUAGAAUAGAAUAUUUGUGGAUCAGUUUAUGGCAGUGGAAGUCAUGUUUUGUCUACUUAAAGUCCAUCUUUAAGGCAUCUGAGUGAUGAACAAAUUACUGUGAAGCAAGCCUCAGCGUAUGUAGCAAUAACAUAUGUCUCAUACUACCUUACCAUGAUAUAAAGCUCGGGUCAUUUUUAGUAAUAAAAUGCAAAUCAUAUUACAACAAAACUUAUGAAUCAAAAUUCUGCUUACCCAGUAUGAAACAAAUUACAAAUCACUUAGUGUGAAACAUAAUUCAGACAAUCACACUGUGGAGAAGAAAACUGAAGACAUUUUCCUGUAGUCCAAGACACUUGCCACCUUAAUAGUUAAUGUGACCUGUUUGAGCCCUAAAAAGUUAUUUUAAAUGGAAAAAACUCAUACCAUCCUAGAAGUGACCAAAACACUGGUUACUGUGUCACUGAGAAAAGUUCUGGUUGAACAUCAUAGCUCGAGUAAUCUUACAGUGAA